AUGUCCAUGCGGGCUUCCUCCGCCACUCUGCGCUUGAGCUCCUGGCUUGGCCGCAGCGAUCGACCACAAAGACCCGGCUCGAGACGUUUAUUGCCGGCGCUUCUGUUGUCACUGGGCGGCCUCGUCUUAUUCUACCUCUUUAUUGUGCCGCAGCUUCUCAGGUUUCGAUUCCGACUCGGCUUGAGUAGGUACGAUUUGGGAUUUUCCGGAUUCGGUCCAACACAAACAUACCUCUCCUUCGAUGAGGAGGCGCCAAUCGUCGAGAUUUCUCCGGCCGGCGCAAAAUGCGACCAACGAUAUACCUUCCUUGCGCCACGGGGCGACUCCGUGCGCCAUCCGGGACCAAUGAUCCUCGACGCUCAGGGCGAGCUCGUUUACAAGAAAUACAACUGGGGAACGACUCAGGAUUUCAAAGUCCAACACUACAAGGGCGAGGAUUACCUCACAUACUGGCAGGGAGAUGAAGAAGAUGGACAUGGUCGAGGAUCAUGGUAUAUGCUUGAUUACACCUAUACCCCAAAAUACAUCGUAUCCCCUGUUGGCAUUCUUCAGGGCGAUCUUCACGACCUCCAAAUUACCGUCAACGACACCGCCCUCCUCACAAUCUACGAACCCAUCCCAGCCGAUUUGACCUCUGUCGGCGGUCCCGAACUCGGAUGGCUUUACGAAGGUGUCAUUCAAGAAGUCGACAUUGCGACUGGUGAGCUCCUGUUCGAAUGGCGAUCGUCGCAUACCUACCCUCCGGAAACCAGUUACGAACCACUGGGCGACAAAGGUCACGAACGAACCCUCGGUUACGAUUACUUCCACAUGAACAGCGUGGACAAAAACGAUGACGGCCACUACCUCGUAUCGGCGCGACACACACAUACAGUCACAUGCAUCGACUCAAGCGGCAAGGUACUUUGGACAUUGGGUGGGAAAUACAACGAUUUCGACGAUCCCGAGGAUUCGGAUGGCUCGGCAACUGGCUUCAAGUGGCAGCACGAUGCUCGCUGGCGUGGGCCCAACCGCAUCACUAUUCUGAACAACGCGGCCAAUGACAACACAGAUCUGUCUGCCGUUAGCCAAGGUCUCCUGAUCGAGUUAGACAUCCCCGGGCGCACGGCUAAGGUGGUCACAAAAUACAGCCACCCACAAGGCAUGAUGGCUGUUACGCAGGGUAACGUGCAGGUGCUUGACACGGGCAACGUGCUUGUUGGCUGGGGCCACAGCGCGGCGUUCACAGAGUUUUCGGCCGAUGGCGAAGUCGUCUGCAAUACGCACUUCGGCGCCUCGGCCUAUUUCACUUUCGGCCGGACAAUGUCAUACCGAGUCUUCAAGGACAAAUGGGUCGGUAUGCCAGACACAAUCCCUGAUGCUGAGAUGGCUGGCGACAGCAUCUUUGUGAGUUGGAACGGAGCGACCGAGGUUGCUUCAUGGGCGCUGGAAGCUUGGGACGGGGACAAUCUUACAAACAUGACAUUCGUCCCCGUUGACGAAGUCCCACGCUCCGGCUUUGAGACCGAGGUUCCGAUCUCAGAUGUCGUUACCUCUUAUUUCCGCGUUGCCGCCAUAAAUUCAAACGGCGAGGUCAUCGGGAGGACGGAGGUUGUCUCACGAGGCUCUGCGCCUGAAACAAGUUUCUCCUCGGAUCAUCCCUGGGGAGUCACGAUCAUUCUGGUUUUUUCCUUCACUUGUCUUCUUGGUGGACUGUACUGCGCCGUCUUCCGUCGUUUACGGCGUCGCAGGCCAGAUAUGGGCGCACUAUACCAGCUGGUUAGGCCCAAAGACGAGGAGAGUGACACUGAACAUAGUCACCUCCCGAUCUAA